AUGAAUACAGGUAGAAAAACUCAAAGAAGAACUUACGGAUGUGACAAUGACGUGGCUUGCUCCUUCCUCGAUGUAACUCAAACAAUUGUCCGAAUUUAUUCCCCUUCCAACUUGCAAACCGCCUGGAUAAGCAUGCAAUGCUUCAAGUGCAGCAGCUUUGCUCAAAGGAUCCGCACCGAGCAUGAUCGCAUGGCCACCGGUAAGCCCAUCUUGUUUGUAAAGAAUAGCAUACUCAGCUAA